CCGGUCCACUUGAAGGGAACCUUCAAUUUCUUCAACCCAGCUACGCGCUGGAGAUUCAAGAAGCCCCAUCUGUACCAACUACCUGAAUUUCAGUACGAUGACGGUCAGUCCUACAGGCACCGGGACUCCAUGGGCCGGGUCUUCACAGGUCCAAUUGACGACCGAUAUCUCAGCCCUUGGGACGGUCAUUUGGCGAAACUUCACGUUCAAUGUACAGACCAGCUUUAUGAUGGGCCGGGCACAACAACAUGGCGACGAACUUACAUCCGAAAAGUCGCUCCUCUGAACGUGCGAAUCGCGACUUGGGUCAUCGACUUUUCCGCAGAUCCUAAAAAUUGGAAAGAUUGGGGGUUGAUCUUGCUGAGAUUUAUCCCUUCUUCUUUUGCCUUGACCUUUUUCGCAUUAGGGCGAGAUACAGUUGAGGUAAAGUAUGGACUGAAUUACGCCCCUCUGCCGUACAAAUUCCAUGGUUACGCUAAGGCAGCUCGUAACCAACUCGAAAAUGCCGAAACAAAGGGCUCACCUAAAGCCAUUCUCACUGAGCAACGGGUAUCUGAGCGUCUUCUCAUGCCCAGAUAUCUAUGUUUUCUGAAAAGCCCAGAAGACAGCGGGUUGCGAGGAGCGGUUCCCAUGUUAGUCUCAACGUGGCAAGCCAAAAAGCAUUCAAACAGUGUCAUCAACUAUCUUUUCGUUGCUUACUCUGCGGAGCAAUUCAACCACGGAUCGAACGAGGACAUGGAAGCUCUUCAUCAAAUUGCUGAGAGAGCAACAAGAGAUGCGCAGCUUUCAGCAUAUUGGGUAGCCUGUAGCUGCAUGCCCGAUCCUAAUGAGCUGGAAGAUGAUGUCUAUCGCAUCAGUGAUAUCAUGCGAGGCGCAAAGGCAAUGGCGAUUGCUGUCGGAGCCCCACGGAAAGCGACACAUGGCAGUGCCAACACUACUACAGAGCUACUCAGGCACUGGGGAGAGAGAAUGUGGACCUUUCCAGAAGUCCUGCUCAGCCAAAACGACGAUGUCAGAGUAUAUGCCCGCAAAGGACAGCUUGAUGGACCUCUUGUCAUUCCAAAGACUCAGUUUGCCGCCCAAGUAUGGUCUGAUGCCACCGUUAGUAGGCAAAUGGUGGAUCACUACGCAGGAUCUCUGGGACUCAGUCGCCUCGAGUUGGUGGCAUUGGCUCUGCAAUGCCUUACGAGUCGACAAACAACCCAGUACCUUCCAGGAGAUCACUCAUAUGCACUCAUGGGCCUAUUGAGGCUGCGUCCAAAGAUUGAUAGCACCGAUACAGCCUUCCAAGCUUUUGCAAGGCUCUCUCUCUUGAACGACAGUGACCAGCUUCUUGAACGAGUCAUAUGCACGUUGCCAAAGCACCCAGACCAAGAAUGGUAUGAACUGGGUGAUGCCUACGGUUCCAGCCUCUGGGAUAUUUAUCCCAAAUGUCAAGUGGCUGGUGUCGGCGAGAAUGACACUGUGAUCAUAGAUGGAGCCUACGGUACCAGCAUUCGGUGGAAAUCUUUCCACCGAAUUUGGAAUUUUCGAGUCUUUUCAUGGAAACGAUGGCUUGCGUGGAAGCUACUUCACCUCUCAUCAACCUUCGUGCUGAUCGGCUUCAUCCUCUUUGGCAGCGGCGUUCAGCUAUCAAUGCCGCAGACAAUUUACGACGAUUGGUCCGGAUCAUCAUAUACAGUUGCUGGUAGCCCUGCCGGUCUUAUGAGCAUCGGCGUUGGGUUUCUCUUCCUUAUCUUCGGCAUUGCAGGCUGGCUCAUGGCUCCGAGACUUCUGCAUCUUAUCCUCGGAGGAAAGUUCUGGAACACGCAAGCCGCUGUGUUUGGGUUUGAGGGCUACAUUAAUCUUGCAACUAUCGAGAGGUCCAUCUUCGGCGGCAACUUCGGCCGUCUGAGCUGGACUCCCAACGGAUCGCCGCUUUCUAGACAUCAUAAGAAUUCUUUCGGAGAAUGCAUUGGCGAUGACCCAACUGACGACAUCGAGGUCCGCAAUCUCGUAGAGAAGGCAAAAUCUGCGAGGCCCGGUGACCAGAGGGUUUUCACACUAGUAGACACCGGGUCCAUGCAAGUCACCAUGUUUCAAGCGGCAAACCCACCCAUCGCACUUGUUAUCUGUGGUUCCGAAGGUGGAAUGAAGCGUGCGAUUGGCUGCUCUUAUGAUUGGAAAACUGGAACUCUCUAUCGCGAGACUGUGUUGAGGGUAUCCACAACUGUUCUUGAUCGCAUGGGUCGGGUCAGCAAGCUUAAACUGGGACUCAAGCGACCACGUGUCGAACCACGUCGCUGUGUGGCGUAG